GCGCACACCGCCGCCCACCCGCGGCUGUCGCGCGCCCCGCCCGCUCGCUCCCUUUCUCGCACAUCAUGACUGACUGCGAAGCUCUAGCGGAGCAGCUACGGUGGCGCAGGCGGGAGCGGCGGGAGGAGUGCUGAAGACGUCCGGCGACCCGGAGUGGACGCCGCGUCGGGACCAGCCCGAAGCUCCAGGCUGCUAAAUUGGCUAUCGCAGUGCAAGCCUCGGGGUCCCAAUGGGGGACUCAGGAUCAAGACGUUGUACCCUAGUCUCCCGGUUGCCAAUAUUCAGGAAAAGUAUUAGCAGAAGACAUGAUUCUCUCCCGUCUUCACCCUCUUCCAGUAACACAGCUGGCGUCCACAGCUCCUCCCCUUCCAGCACUAACUCUAGCUCAGGGAGCACGGGGAAACGCAGGAGCAUCUUCCGUGCUCCCUCCAUCAGCUUCCACCACAAGAAGGGGAGUGAACCUAAGCCAGAACAAACACAACACAACCUUAGUAUUUCCAAUGGUGCUCAACCCAGUCACAGCAAUCUGCAGAAACUAAAUUUGGAGGAACAAGUCAAAACCAGGGGAAGACAUUCUGUGGGUUUUAGUAGUUCACGAAGUAAGAAGUUAACAAGAUCUUUGACGGAAGAUUUUGAAAGGGAAAAGGAGCCUUCAACUAAUAAGAAUCUCUUUAUAAAUUGUCUAAGUUCUGGCAGAAGUGAAGGGGACGAUUCUGGAUUCACAGAAGAACAGACUCGCCGUUCUAUUAAGCAGUCAACAAAGAAGCUACUCCCCAAAUCCUUUUCUUCUCACUCUAAAUUUUCUAAGUCGGUUCCACAGAGCCAACCCACGUCAUUGGUACAGCAGCCUGAGUUCUCACUGGCGAUUGCGCAGUACCAAGAGCGGGAACCCGCCUUAGCUAGACCGUCCCCAUCUUGUUCUGUGGACGUAACCGAGCGCGCAGGAAGUUCACUACAGUCGCCUCUGCUUUCCACUGACCUGACCACAGCUCAGACCCCUUCAGAAUUUUUAGCUUUGACUGAAGACUCUUUGUCUGAGGCCGAUGCCUUUCCUAAAAGUGGAAGCCUGGCAUCACACUGCGACAACUUUGGCCACAAUGAUGCUACCUCUCAGCCCGCUCCCAAUCCCACUGCUGUCACAAAGACAAUGGUGGAAUUUGUGGGGACUGUGCCGUGUACCAUGAUGUCUCCAGGGAGGUACAGGCUAGAAGGUCGGUGUAGUACUGAGUUGCGUUCUUUAAGAGAGAUCUCUACUGAUAACCAGAGCGAAGUGUUACUACAAAGCACUGAGCCCCCUGUUAGGAAUGUGAGUGACCCGGAGAUCCCCCUACCAGCGGCUCAUCAAAAAGAAGAGAACCCUGUGGCACAGGGUGGGGAACCAAUCCUGAAGACCUAUGACCAGCACAAGGCUUUGGUUGAACGCAUUAAAGCGGUCCACCCUGUUUCAGAUUCAAGGAUAAUCCCUUCUGCUGGGGAUCAGCAUGUUUUUAACAAAGCGUCUUAUGGAUAUGAAGCAAGUGCUGCCAAAGUUCUUGCCAGUAGCCUCAGUCCAUACCGAGAAGGAAGAUACAUAGAGCGGCGGCUGCGGUCCUCCUCUGAAGGGACAGCAGGGAGUGGCAGGAUGGUCUUAAAGCCGAAGGAUGGGCACGUGGAAGCCAGCAGCUUGAAAAAGCACAGAGCAGGGUCCUCGUCCUCCAAAAUGAACAGUCUGGAUGUUCUAAAUCAUCUGGGAUCCUGUGAACUGGAUGAAGAUGAUCUAAUGCUUGAUUUAGAAUUUUUAGAGGAACAGAAUCUUCAACCCCCAGUUUGCCGGGAAGAUUCCUGCCACUCUGUAAUGUCGUGUGCAGCUGUCCUUCUUAGCACAGUGGACACAACAAGAGAAAUGCAGACGCUAGAAGAACCAAAAUGUCCUGAGCCUUCCAAACAGAGCCUUUCCCUGAAAAUAACAAAAGACACUGAUCAAGAUGCCCGGUGUUCCCAUGUGAGCCGCAUGCCCAACAGUCCCUCUGGGGACUGGCCUCUCCUGGGUGUGGAGGAAAAUGGAGGCAUAGAUUCUCUACCCUUCAGACUGAUGCUCCAGGAGUGCACUGCAGUGAAGACGCUGCUACUGAAGAUGAAGAGAGUGCUCCAAGAGAGUGAUGUGAGCCCUGCUAGCAGUGCUGCCUCACUUCCCAUCAGCCCUCUCACCGAAGAGCCUCUGCCUUUCAAGGAUAUAAUGAAAGAUGAGUGCUCGAUGCUGAAGCUGCAACUGAAAGACAGAGAUGAGCUUAUUUCUCAGCUUCAAGCAGAGCUGGAAAAAGUGCAACAUUUACAGAAGGCCUUUGCUUCACGAGUAGAUAAAUCCACGCAGACCGAACUUCUAGGCUGUGAUAAUUUAAGCUUGAAACGACUGGAGGCAGUGCAAGGAGGGAGAGAGACUACAUCCCGAAAUCGAACCAUGAGUCAAAGUCUCAGCACAAGGGACAGAAAAGCAAUACAUACUCCCACCGAGGACCGUUUUAGAUACUCUACAGCUGAUCAGACAAGUCCCCACAAGAACAGCUGCCAACUCCCAGGUCUAUGUCUAAGCAAUUUCUUGAAGGACAAGGAAUUAGGAGGAGUUAUGAAACACUCAAGGGGAAAUUAUGAAGCCGUUGCAUCAGAAGUGACACAGAACUUGAGGACGACAGCACAGAGCUGUCUGAAGCCAGUCACUAAGACUGAAGGGCUCUCAGUGUUCUCAGAGAAACCAAAGGACCCAGCAGCUCUGUCCAGACAGCACUCGACCUUCACAGGCAGGUUUGGACAGCCACCCAGAGGACCUAUCUCCUUACACACAUACAGCAGGAAGAAUGUUUUUCUCCAUCACAAUUUGCAUACUACAGAGUUCCAGACUCUAGGCCAGCAGGAUGGGUAGUUAGAUCCUUGCCCUCUGAACAAUAGGGACAGCUAUUGUUUUAUGUGUCAUCUAAGAAUGGCCUUGUCCAUUUUACUACUUUUAUUUUUAGCUACAAGCAAAGACUUAUGGGCUUUCAUUUUAUUUCUAAGAAUGACAGGUUGAAUAUGUGGACUUACUAUGUUGAAAUGUUCAGAAGACUUUUCUCUCUCUAUGGAAAUAUACAUGUAUAACAAGUGGGACCAUCUUGCUGGCUUAUGUAGUCUAUAAGUUAUUUUUUUUCUGUAUCACGUGUUAAUAUGCAUUGAGGUUUCAAGAAGGUAAUGUCAAAUAGCUCUCUGUUUAUGGUGUUACUAUAAAGUAGGUUAGAAGAAUGAAUAUAGGAAGGAACUGUACAGUUUUCGAUUACAUAGUUGCUAGAAAGAACAGAACAGAUUUAAAGCUUAUACUAGGUGGUAUGUUUCUUAGUGCUAUGAAGCUUGUGUGUAUAUAAUCUGAGAUGCGUUUGUCUCUCUAUUACAUACAUUCAAGCUUGUGGAGCUAUUGGGGGGAAGGACCAUUUGGUUAUUUUUUAAAAUGUUUUGUUUCACUUGUUCACAAAAGGAGAGACAU